CGCGCGGCGCGCGCUCGCGACGUUCUGGCGGGACUGUCACUCUUGGACUCUUUCGCCCUGAUCCCGACGUAGCUUCACGUUCGAGGUGCUACACAGACGUGCCUUCUCGGACGCUGCGGAAUGGCGAACGCUACGGUCCGAUCUCUGCUGUACAGAACUCCCGAGGAAGAAGCCGCUCGAUUGGAACGCGAUCGGGAACUAGCUCGUGAGCGGGGUCGGCGACGCAGAGCCGAUCCCGAACGACGUGCGAGAGAUGCCGAAUCCAGGCGUCGCAGAAGAGAGAAAGAUCCGCUGUUUAGACUGCGAGAUGCGGAGAGAAAGCGCCGACGAAUGCGGGACCCGGCAGUUGUGGCCGCCAAACGAGAGAUGACGGCGAGGUACUACAGAGAACAUCGCGAAGAAAUUCUCACUGCCAAGAGACGACGGAGAAGGGAAGAUCCGGGACUGCACGUGCUCGAGAACUUCAGACGCAGACAGCGGAAAGGGAUGGACACCGAAAAACGCAAACGACCACCAAGAGCGCUUGGCGAAAAAGACGGCACACGUGGAAAGAAGAAAAGGGUAAAGGUGUCUGCAGUAGCUGAAACUCAGGUUUCACAACAGCCAAGCGUGCUCGGAACGAUCAUGGAAUCCAUGCCUGUAAGUCACGAUGCCUGCAACACCCAGAAAAGGAUUGUGUGCAGAUGCAACAUUAUUGUGCGAAGAAGGUCUCGUGCCACAAUGUGUUCAACACGUCGCAUGAUGCGUAGUGCAUCAUCAUGGAAGCCAAUGUCAGCACUGGGGCCACACAAGAAAACACAAGUCAAUCCUACUGUUAUUGACAGGGCGACACAGACGACGUGCCUUGAUUACGAUGAUGACACAGACGAUUGCCAGGGAAACACAGGCUAUGUGCCUUGAUUAUGAGGACGACACAAACCUGGGACAUCACCAGCGUGGAGUGAGUGAUAACGCUUUUGAAGACUAGUCCACCACCUGCCAAAGUACUGCAGAGCGGAAGGCUGCAGACAGCUUCACCAGACGGGCAAGGUAAUUCCGGCUGCCUCCUACCAAGACAUUUUCGGAAGAACUAUGCAUGAAGGUCACUGCCACCGCACACAACUGAAAACACAGUCAGAAUCAAGGAGCUUGCUUGGGAAGCAACAGCUCAAGGUCAUCCACCAUACUUAUUUUCUAGAUCCUAAGACAUGCUCACUGAUGAUGUGAGGAAGCUUGACGAAACCGUCAGCACCCAUUGGUGAAUGAAGUGUGUUUGUGCCAUUGCGACUCUGAAGACAACCAUGGUGACACAACUGAUGAAAGUGUCACCGCCGUAAUCUUGCCUCCACAUGGAGACGCGGAGGAUAAUGCACCACCAAGUGCCCGUAGCACCUACUCGAACGAUGUGACAACUGCACCAAGACAGUCACUUGGAGAGUGAAGACUGCUGAAGCUUCUGACUGAUGUACAAACACUUUGACUCCUCGUUGCAGCCAUUGCUUUAUAAUUAGGUUCUAUGAGCUUUCAGACGUGAUGUUUUGUUCAGUAUUAACUGGAACCGUGUUCUUGUUUCAUUUCUAUGUGUAACAAAGUAUGAUGUAUGCCGCAGGUGCCACGUUCUAGUGAUGCACGUAUUCAUCUUUGCCUUUCUUUGUGGACGUGGAAAUGGUAUUCAUCUAGUGGUAUUUUUAGUGGUACUUCCUAGUGGUGUUUUGUCCCCAACUUGCCUAUUUGCGGACGAUUGCAUUCUUUAUUGUUGUAUAACUGGAACCACUGGCCAGACACUCCUUCAGAAAGACCUCGACGUAAUACACUCAAACCUCAUUAUAACAGUCACAUCUGCCACGAAAAUAACUUCGUUAUACCCGAAAAUUCAUUAUAAACAUUUAUUUGUAACACUGUAGCUAUGACAAGACUAUUCUUCAUUUACUUCGUUAUAACCGAUAAUUUGUUAUAUCCAUGUUCGUUAUAUCGAGGUUUGAGUGUAGAAACCUGGUGCACCCUCUGGCUAAUAAAACAAAAUGUAUCUGAAUUUAAGAGUAUGGAAGUGUCGCGAAAGAUCCCGCCCUAAAUUAUUCGUACUCUUUAAUCUCCAAGACCCUUUCAUGGGUUGAUUUGUACUUAUAUCUAGGUGUCCUUAUCACUGACAAAUUCAUCUGGUCAGAACACAUCAUGAAAUUAGUAGCAGACAUAUCCAAAACACUUGGCUUCCUGAGUUACAUCCAAAAACUCACCUCUCCGGUAUAUGUUAAACCUAAACUCGAUAAUGCCUGUGUGAUAUGGAACCCUCACCGAAAUUAUUUAAUUGAAUUACUAGAAAGCAUCCAGAAUCGGGUGGCUUGUUUCAUCUGCUCUGAUUAUGAUAGUCGAGUUAGCAUUAGCGCCAUCAAAUCAUCCAUCAAUUAUGACUCUUUAAUUGAACGAAGAAAGACAUUGUGGCUGGCACUGUUUCGUAAUCUGUAUACAAUCGCCCUGACCUUCGAGCCUCCAUUUUAGUACAGUAAACUCCCGUUAAGACGAACUCGGUUAAUACGAAUUUUCACUUAUGCUGAACAACAUGGGAACAUUUGUUUGGUUUCCCUAGACUCAAUGCAAAAAAAAUCCACUCAAGACGAUGUGCUUAACAGGUCUCUUCUGUUAAAAUGAACUUUCGCAGUGACCGACAACGCUGGCGAUUCUGUGCAUCGAACAUUGCAGUCUUGGUAGGGCAUUCAGGCGAACGAAAGAAAGCAAAAAAAAAAGAGCUUCCUGGCGCAAAGACGCGAGGCGAAUCGCGACGCAGAGCGAGCGAGAUAAGUGUAAAGGAAAGAGCGUAUAAAGCUGGUAUCCUCCUCACCCCCGACCUAUCGGUGGGGAAAGUGCUGGCAGCUAAGAAAGUGACAAAACGAGUUGGGGGAUUUACUACUGGGACCUCCUAGCCAUUGCAUCCUUUUGUAUUGACCCCACAUUCUUCGAUUCCCUGGCUGGAGUACAAAGGACAAUAGAGCAGCGCAAGUGCUUUGGGCCCCUACAGAGCUAUCUCAUCUGCCGUGUACAGAA